AUGUUCAAAAGAAACCGUACUAGCAGAGGCAUAGAAAGAGGCCACACACCACCUGUCACUCCUCUCAACGCACAUGCCGGAUAUGGCAAAUCCAUGGUAUGGGCACCUAAGCCCAAGCAGCGCAAGGAAGCACCCAAACCAGGGUUCAUCAAUGAGAGAUGGGUUUGUGGAACAUGCAAAACUAUGACACACUCUGGGGGUUCUCUUUUCAGCCGUUCUCCCAUUACCAAUGAUGAAGUCUACAAGGGCGUCUGCAUCCGAUGCAACCCCCACAUGGUUCCACACACCGCAAGGGAAGAUUUCAAAACACAGGGUGGCAAAUUGGGACGACCCUGUGUGUUGCCACAAUUCAAGUACCGGUAUCAGCCGGGCGCCACAGGUGCAUGGAUUUGA